AUGGCUAGUAUGAUCUCUGGAAGUUAUGCAAGUGGAUCCGACCCGAAUGGAAAAGGACACGGUACACCGCCAACUCCAACACCAUUGGCUAGUAUAAUCGCUAGAAGUGGACCCGCCACGAGUGGAAAAGGACACGGUACACCGCCAACUCCAACACCACCGGCUAGUAUAAUCUCUAGAAGUUAUGCAAGUGGACCCGGCCCAAGUGAAAAAGGACAUGGUACACCGCCAACUCCAACACCAUCGGCUAGUAUAAUCUCUAAAAGUUAUACAAGUGGACCCGACCCGAGUGGAAAAGGACACGGUACACCGCCAACUCCAACACCAUCGGCUAAUAUAAUCUUUAGAAGUUAUGCAAGUGGACCCGACCAGAUUGAAAGAGACACGGUUCACCGCCAACUCCAACACCGUCAUUGA